UGUUAGAAGGUAAAAGAGGCAGAACACUCACAGUCGAACUGCAAGCAAGCAAACUGUGUUUAUGUUUCUCAUGCAAAGGCCUGUUUUGGGAACAGUCAGUUUUCAUGCAUGUUGGCUCCUGUAGAAUGUUAAUGUGAGUGCAUUAGAAUGUGAGUUCAGGGUUUGGAGCAGAUGCUUACAUUGGCUGCAGUAUUGUCUGAAGGCCUGUGCUGAGUAGGUGUGGUGAUACUAGAUAUUAGAUUUGAGUGAUUCUGAAGAACCUGAAGAACCUUCUGUUAACACAUUGUAUAGAGGCUACCAUCUGAGCAACAGUGCAGCUGGGCAGAUGUGGACUGUGUUCUGCAUAUGAGCUCUUGUGGAUGCGGUUGUUUGGAACAUUAAGACCCAUCAUCACUAACCUCUAGUCGUCAUACCACCAACCUUCUUCAUAUGGACUAAUCAUCCUGAAAUGACAGACAGAAGUGAAUGACGUCCUGUGAAAGGUAUUCUCCUGUUUCUAAUAUCCACCUUCCUACACAGUUUAAAUUUAUCUCCCAGAACACGUCAAAAAAUGCUACCUACAGGGGUCAGACUGCUGAAAUCAGAAGAUAUUCAUUAUGAGAAUAUGGCUUCUAGAACAAGCUCUGGUGCUCAACAGACAUCUUCUGGUACAUCGCACAGAUGGACACAGAAGAACAAGAGCAAGAAGAGGACUCACCACUGUUCAGAGUGUGGGAAAAGUUUUAAUCAACAGAGUGCUCUCCAAGAACACCAGUGUGUUCACCAAGGAGAGAAACUGUAUCAGUGCUCAGAGUGUGGGAAGAGCUUUAAUCAGCAGAGUAAUCUCCAACAACAUGAGCGCAUUCACACAGGAGAGAAACCGUAUCAUUGUUCAGAGUGUGAAAUGUGUUUUAGAGAUAGAGGCACCCUCAAAAUACACCAGCGCAUUCACACUGGAGAGAAGCCAUAUCAGUGCUCAGAGUGUGGGAGGAGUUUUAAUCAGCAGAGUCCUCUCCAGCGACACCAGCGCAUUCACACAGAACAGAAUCCAUAUCAUUGCUCAGAAUGUGGAAUCUGUUUCAGAGACCAAGGUACCCUCAAAAAACACCAGCGCAUUCACACAGGAGAGAAGCCGUAUUACUGCUCAGAGUGUGGGAAGAGUUUUAAUCAGCAGGGUAAUUUUCAACGUCACCAGCGCAUUCACACGGGAGAGAAGCCGUAUCAGUGUUCAGAAUGUGGAAUGUGUUUUAGAGACAGAGGUACCCUCCAAAAGCACCUGCGAAUUCACACUGGAGAGAAACCGUAUCACUGUUCAGAGUGUGGGAAGCGUUUUAAUCAGCAGAGUCAUCUCCAACGACACGAGCGCAUUCACACGGGAGAGAAGCCGUUUCAUUGCUCGGAUUGUGGAAUAUGUUUUAGAGACAACGAUACCCUGAAAAAGCAUCAGCGCAUUCACACUGGAGAGAAGCCAUAUUACUGCUCUGAGUGUGGGAAGAGUUUUAAUAUCCAGGGGAAUUUACAACAACAUCAGCGUGUUCACACAGGAGAGAAGCCGUAUUACUGCUCAGAGUGUAGGCACAGCUUUAGACAUUUGAGUACUUUAAAGACACACAAGUGCACUAAGAGGGAGAAAGCUCUGAACGUGUGAUUUUCAGUAUUAUGUGAUUAUUCUUAUUAUCACUUUUUUAAAUGAGCAAUCUUACCAUUAUUUUUAAGAUUUAGUUGCUCAGCAGGAGGUGUAGACAAAAGUAUGGUGGUUUUGUGCUUGAGAGAAAGAACAUUAUACAGUAUUCUAUGUUCUGUACACAAGCAAGACAGUUUUGUGCAACAUACAUUUAUAUCAACCUUGAACUAAGAAACAAAGGAUUUAAGUUUUGAAUUGUUCAUUGCCAUCCCCAGACUUAAAUACAGGGUGAUUCAAAAAAAUUCAUCUGAUUUUUAAGCGCCAUCAUUUUUACAACCGUGAGGCACCUAGGAACCAAUCACAAUCUAAUUGAAAGAGGGGGUCAUAGAGUUUCUAACUGUCACUGGAAGAUGUCUCCCGUUCAGUCUGGGAGGAGAUGGAGACCCCUGAGCAGAAAGCAUUCUGCAUUCUCCACUUCAAUAAGAGUGAUUCCGUCAUAA